UUAAAAUAAUAUCAUAAACAUGUGACUAGUUGACUAAUGGCUUAAACUAUCGACUACUAGUCGACUAGGAAAAUCUUUGGUCGGGGGGCCAACAUUUAAAAAAAAUUAUAUUUUGCUGGAUUUUUUUAGUCUUUUACCCAAGAAAGUUGGUGCAGUUCACACUAUUUUGGGACGAUCUGGCACUUCAGGAUAACAACCUGUAAGUAUGCUUGAUUUUUUGUGGAUUUAUCUGCUAUCGAGAGUUAAAAUGAGGAGUUUUGUGUUGUAACAACGGUGUACACCCAGUGCACAGCUGUAGGCCUCUGCUAACCUGAUAGCUAAUGUUAUUGUGUUGAAAUAGUUUUGUUAUUCAUGGUAGUCCAUGGCUAACUUGAUUACUAACUGUGAGUAAGCCUCUGUUCGUCGUUCAUAUCUCGGGUCAGGGGCGAUUCUAGGGUCAGAGCUUUAGGGGUGCUGAGCACCCAAUGAGCCCCACUGCCACCACCCACCCUCUUUUCACACAAAAAUAAAAAAUAUGUCUAUUGAAAAAUAACUAUCAUUUUAACAUUGGUUCAGCUAACUCCAAAAUCCAGAUUUUUUUUUUCUUUUGAGACCUUUUCAGAGCACCAGCUUAAUUGUGAGAGUUCACACAGACAGCCCCCUGUAACAAACACAAAACCUUCUUCACUCAGCUGGUUUUCCUGACCGUUAACUCCAUGUGCCUCCUUUUGUAUGUAGCGUCUGGAGGAAUCAAUGAAUGGACAAUCAUGGACUCGGCUAUUUUUGAGACAAAAGAGCCCCUGUAAGAUCACGGAAAUGGUCUGUGAUAGUACAAAGAACUAUUGACAGAGAAACCUCGUGGUGUUCCCGCAUGUGACUCCCUCGUGCUUAUCGUGUGGAAAGAAAGGGGGAAACUUUGAACGUAAAAAUGUGUGUGCCUUUCUUAUAAAGCCUAAAAGGGCUUAGUUAUAAUGAAAUAUGUUUUAAUCCCUGUGUGUUGUGUAUGUUUGGUGUUAGAUCAAAAUUAGUAGAAUUGUUUCAUUUGUGUAGAAAACUCUGAGGCUUUAUAUGUAAUAGCCUGAGAGUGUUUAACCACUUGUAAGGGUACCAAAUAUACCUUUCUUGGUAUCAAAUUAAACCUUACGACUUGUCCUAGCGGAAUUUGAGUAUAAAGUCACCGUUGAAUCAUGUUCUGCUAUGUUACCGUCUUUUGAGUGAGUCAAAGCAAAAGUCCUGACCAAAUCAUAAAGUAUGCAAAUGAGCUUUGACCAGACAAAGGGAGGGGCCUCAUUGGGUCACUUCUCACACAGGAGGCGUGACCUCCCUACUUUAAAGGUCAGAUCCAGCAUUGACUCGUCUUUUUUUGCUCUUCAUCUCUUCUGCUGAACAUUUCAACCCUCUUGCUUCCUGCCUCUCUUGCUGCAUCCUGGCUGCUUCCAACUCCCAACUUCACUUCUGGACCUCCCUUGGAUUUCCCCUGGAUCUCCUCAAGCCAUCUUACACUCUCUCACUUCUUCUCCCGAUCUUCUGCAACUCUCAGGAACCCUCGUGAACUAUUCAACUCCACGCUCUGGAAACACCGAAGUCCUCUGUCUCAAGAACGCCACGAGGACACGCAGUCUCGCUCAAGCAACACAAAAAGAUGUUCAUCAUGAGAGAGCAGGUGGAUGUGAUUCAUGCUGGAGAACAGCAGAUGCUGCAGACACCACUGAAGAUGUGUUCAGUGAAGCUGCUGGACUGCAGGAACCUGAUGAAGAUGAGAGGAGAAACCACAGCUGUGGUACAACAGAGUGAUGAUGAUGAUGAUGAUGAUGAUGAUGAAACCACAGCAGAGGAUCAACUGAGCGAUGAUGAUGAUUAUUUUAUUCCUUCAGAGCUGAUGGAAGUGAGAGAAGAAUGUGAAGAGCUGAAUGAAGUGGAGGAGGAACAACAACAUGAUUUCAUAACGGGAAAAAAAUAUUUAAGUGGCUCAAAGACAGAAGACAAUUUCUCACCUAAAAAUCCUCGAAGAUCAGCCAAGAAAUCUUUCACCUGCUCUCAGUGUGGAACAUGUUUCACAUGUAAAAGCUAUCUUAAUAAACACAUGAGAGUUCAUACUGGAGAGAAACCUUACAAGUGCCAUCAGUGUGGAAAAAGUUUUGGAUAUGCAACCAGUCUCAAGAUUCAUCUCUUUAGUCACUCUGGAGAAAAGCCAUUUGAAUGUGAUCAGUGUGGUAAAACAUUCGCUCUGACACGGUACCUAAAAACACAUCUGAAAACUCACACAAAUGAGAAGCCUUACAAGUGUUCUUUUUGUGGAAAGAGUUUUACAUGCCUGUUCUAUUUGAAAGAGCACCAGAAAAUACAUACCAGUGUAGCGGCUCAUGUGUGCUUUGAAUGUGGGAAGUUCUUUAUUACAGCUGGCAACUUGAAACAGCACCAAAGAAUUCAUACUGGAGAGAAACCUUACAAGUGCUCACACUGUGGAAAGAGUUUCACUCAGUCAGAACACCUGAAAACACACGAGAGAAUUCAUACUGGAGAGAAACCUUACAAGUGCUCACACUGUGAAAAGAGUUUCACUCAUUCAGUAAGCCUGAAAUCACACGAGAGAAUUCAUACAGGAGAGAAACCAUACAAGUGCUCACACUGUGAAAAGAGUUUCACUCACUCAAAAAACCUGAAAACUCAUGAGAGAAUUCAUAGUGGAGAGAAACCUUACAAGUGUUCACACUGUGAAAAGAGUUUCAAUGUGUCACAAAACCUGAAAACACAUGAGAGAAUUCAUACUGGAGAGAAACCAUACAAGUGCUCACACUGUGAAAAGAGUUUCACUCAUUCAGUAAGCCUGAAAUCACACGAGAGAAUUCAUACAGGAGAGAAACCAUACAAGUGCUCACACUGUGAAAAGAGUUUCACUCACUCAAAAAACCUGAAAACACACGAGAGAAUUCAUACUGGAGAGAAACCAUACAAGUGCUCACACUGUGAAAAGAGUUUCACUCACUCAAAAAACCUGAAAACACACGAGAGAAUUCAUACUGGAGAGAAACCAUACAAGUGCUCACACUGUGAAAAGAGUUUCACUCAGUCAGAACACCUGAAAACACAUGAGAGAAUUCAUACAGGAGAGAAACCUUACAAGUGCUCACACUGUGAAAAGAGUUUCACUCACUCAAAUAACCUGAAAACACAUGAGAGAAUUCAUACAGGAGAGAAACCUUACAAGUGCUCACACUGUGAAAAGAGUUUCACUCACUCAAAAAACCUGAAAACACAUGAGAGAAUUCAUACAGGAGAGAAACAUUACAAGUGCUCACACUGUGAAAAGAGUUUCACUCACUCAAAUAACCUGAAAACACAUGAGAGAAUUCAUACAGGAGAGAAACCAUACAAGUGCUCACACUGUGGAAAGAGUUUCACUCAGUCAGAACACCUGAAAACACACGAGAGAAUUCAUACAGGAGAGAAACCUUACAAGUGCUCACACUGUGGAAAGAGUUUCACACAGUCACAAACCCUGAAAUCACAUGAGAGAAUUCAUACUGGAGAGAAACUUUACCACUCAGGGCCUGAAAUUCAUUUCUGAAAAUGGGGAGGGAAUUCCCCCCUAAAGCCCUCGAUAUACUUCCUAUGAAAUUAAAUAAAGAAUGGGUGUGACAUAAUUUAGAACAAAA